CAGCUACAGACACUGUAUCACUCCCUAUUCAUUGGUGACCGUCUCAUCUCACACAGCUCGUCACUGCAGACAGUGCAGGUCACUUUGGACAAGAGUGACUCUGUACCCGGGAUCCAAUUCGGCUCUGCGCAAAGCAUAAAACAUCUCAGUCCGACCCUGCCGCGGAACAGGACUCUAAAGACCAUGUCAAGUGGGAGAAGUGUGUCUCGCAUAUACGCGGAUGUGAAUGAGAAGCAGGGUCGAUCAUGGUGGGAUUAUGAUAACUUGGUAGUCUCGUGGGGCAACCAAGAUCAUUACGAGAUUGUGAGGAAAGUUGGCAGGGGGAAGUACUCCGAGGUCUUUGAAUCCGUUCACAUACCGACCAGCCAAAAGUGCAUUGUCAAAGUCUUGAAACCAGUCAAGAAGAAGAAGAUAAAGCGAGAGAUCAAGAUUUUACAGAAUCUAGCUGGGGGACCGAAUGUCAUCGCACUGUUAGAUGUCGUCCGGGAUGCUCAGUCCAAGACACCAUCCAUCAUCUCAGAAUACGUAAACAACACCGACUUUAAAACGCUGUAUCCCAAAUUCACCGAUUUCGACGUCCGAUUCUACAUGCUAGAGUUGCUCAAAGCUCUGGAUUUCUGCCAUUCAAAAGGGAUUAUGCACCGCGAUGUCAAGCCGCAUAACGUCAUGAUAGACCAUGAGAAGCGCAAGCUCCGCCUGAUAGAUUGGGGAUUGGCCGAGUUCUAUCAUCCUGGAACAGAGUACAAUGUUCGAGUCGCUUCCCGUUAUUUCAAAGGACCAGAAUUGCUCGUUGAUUUCCAAGAAUAUGAUUAUUCACUGGAUAUGUGGAGUUUAGGCUGCAUGUUUGCGAGCAUGAUCUUCCGCAAAGAGCCUUUCUUUCAUGGACAUGAUAAUUCUGAUCAAUUGGUCAAAAUUGCCAAAGUCUUAGGGACGGACGAGUUGAAUUUGUAUCUCGAGCGUUACGAUAUCGAGCUUGAUCCUCAAUUCGAUGAAAUACUAGGGAGAUAUCCUCGCAAACCCUGGUCACGUUUCAUUACCUCAGACAACCAACGGUAUAUUUCGAAUGAAGCCGUCGAUUUUCUCGACAAACUAUUACGAUACGAUCAUCAGGAGCGCUUGACCGCCAAGGAGAGUCAAGACCAUGCCUAUUUCGCGCCGGUCAAAGAGGCGGCAGCGAAGAAGUAGAUGGAGGGAUUGUGUCAAUCCUUUCCAACCGGCGUACCUUUGCACCUUUACAAUCCGCAGAGCGACAUGUGACAGACCACUAUCGUCUUGUGCCAAAACAAUCCAUUCAUUAGAGCUUCUUGACCGAGGCCCCAGACCGCAUCCGCAGCGGGGGGUCAUUCGACCACUGAGUCAUUCACUGUGUAAAAACAUUCCUACCAUUCUUUCUCUCCUCUCUACCAUACUUUCCCUAGAUGCGCCCUUUCGAGGCAAUACAUAUGUAUGUGAUGAGUCAAAAGUUAUCCUCAGCUGGCUCUUAUCUGAGCACUGGACGGCUUGCUGUGCUGCUCACUACUACAGAAGAAGCCACUCGGACAAUUCUCGUAUCCCCGCGCAGCCCGUUUGCAUGGCGCGUCAGGAUUUUUGACGGCAAAAUUGACCCGAACAGAGUCAAAAGGUUUA